AGUGCAUUUCGAAGUCGGUUGUAUUUUUUGUUAAAAAUUAUUAAAACAUCUUUUCCAUAAUGCUGAGAUCCUUAUAUUAUAACAUUAAAUCGAUUUUCAAUUUUAUUAUAAAAUGAAGUGAUUAUUCGUCCAAAUAAUAAUCCAAAUUAUAGCCAGAAGAAAAAGUAUCCACAGCGCGUGUUCACCGACCGUUAAACAUCUUGAGCGCGUGCAAAAACUCGCACACAAUCGAAGACACGACUUGACGAUGACAACAAGUUCAACGAGCGAAUCGCCCUCCCAAAGUCGGCUUGCGUCGCGUCGUUUAAAAUCGAAAGUUUCCACCACCAUCGUUGCGUCGCUGAGCUGAACCCCCUCCACCAUACACGGGCCCUUCGUCGUUCGUCGCCAUUACAGAAUCAUUCCGAAUACAACGGUCGAACCGUAUGGACAUAUUAUAAUAUACUCACUCGUGCGUUUCUUGGUUCAGAAAAAUUAACCUAUGUUAACAUGUGUAUAAACGUGUGUUAGGUCUAGCUAGUUAUUCAGUUUUACUAACUAACUUUUUGUAAUUAUACUUUGAAAUUUCAUUAAUUUCGGUUGUCGGUUUUUUUCUGUAGCUGUUUGUUCGGGUAUCGAGACAAGUUCUGAAGUUGCGAAUUCGGUGCCCGUUUUUCGCGAAGAAGGCUUUAUCGAAGAAUCAUCGUUUUUGGUCGACGUUUCUUUAUGUGGAAACGAAAACUGCAAGCAAAUCGAACUUGGAAAACGUUAUUACCCUCAACCUGCGGACUACGGGCAUCUUCGAAUUCUGGAUCGUUUUUGCGUUCAAUCCGGGGAGGUCCGGAAUGCAAGACAAGCUAUCGAUGUUCAUGGUUUCCUGUCGCACCUCCAACCAAGGUCGAGGGUACGACGGAUCAAGAUGCUGGGAGCAGGCCCAUCAAAAAGAGGACAGCAGGGGGGGAGACAACAUGGCUUUCGCCUAGACAAUCGGUGGUAAGCGCAGUCUCAAAAUUAGGGAGACCAUUUCCGAGGAAGCGGAAGGACACCGGAUCCAGCGUAUACUGAGGAUAAUUCAAUGAUGUGCCCGCCUAGUACGGAGGACAAUUUGAUGAUGG